CUUGCGCUGUCACUCAGCCCUCGGAGUGCAGCGAGGCGCCGUCCAGCCGGCCGCCCAUUCGGUCACUUGCCCUCGGCGCUCCGCGGCCGUCCCAAUGGGCCCCGCUCUGCUCCUCGCCCUCGGGCUGCUCGCCCAGGCUGGCCAGAGUCUUGGCCUGUCCUCUGGGGUUCCUGAGCUACAACCCAGCACCCUGUAUCCCUGGCGCCAGGCACCAGCUCCAAGCCGUGUGCGGAGAGCCUGGGUGAUCCCACCCAUCAGUGUGUCUGAGAAUCAUAAGCGCCUCCCCUACCCACUGGUGCAGAUCAGAUCUGAUAAGCAGCAGCUGGGCAGCGUCAUCUACAGCAUACAGGGGCCCGGUGUGGACGAGGAGCCCCGCAAUGUCUUCUCCAUUGACAAGUUCACUGGGAGGGUGUUCCUCAACGCUACGCUGGACCGGGAGAAGACUGAUCGCUUCAGGCUAAGGGCUUUUGCCCUUGACUUGGGUGGCUCUACCCUGGAGGAUCCCACAGACCUGGAGAUCGUAGUUGUGGAUCAAAACGAUAACCGGCCAACCUUCCUGCAGGACGUAUUCACAGGCCAUGUGCUGGAGGGCGCCGUCCCAGGUACCUUUGUGACCAGGGCUGAGGCUACAGAUGCCGACGACCCUGAGACAGACAAUGCCGCACUCCGGUUCUCCAUCCUAGAGCAGGGCAGCCCCGAACUCUUCAGCAUUGAUGAGCACACUGGAGAGAUCCGUACUGUGCAAGUGGGGCUGGACCGUGAGGUGGUUGCCGUGUACAACCUGACCCUGCAGGUGGCAGACAUGUCUGGAGACGGCCUCACAGCCACAGCCUUGGCCAUCAUCUCUGUAGAUGACAUCAAUGACAAUGCACCUGAGUUCACCAAAGAUGAGUUCUUCAUGGAGGCUGCAGAGGCUGUCAGCGGAGUGGAUGUAGGACGGCUUGAAGUGGAGGACAGGGACCUGCCUGGAUCCCCUAACUGGGUGGCCAGGUUCACCAUCCUGGAAGGUGAUCCUGAUAGGCAGUUCGCCAUCCGCACAGACCCCAAGACCAAUGAGGGUGUUCUGUCUGUGGUGAAGCCCCUGGACUACGAGAGUCAUGAACGAUAUGAGCUCAGAGUGUCUGUGCAGAAUGAGGCCCCAAUUCAGGCCACUACCCCCCGGGCCCAGCGGGGCCAGACCAGGGUCAGCGUGUGGGUGCAGGACACCAAUGAGGCUCCCGUGUUCCCAGAGAACCCAUUGCGGACCAGCCUGGCUGAAGGAGCCCCCCCAGGCACCUCUGUGGUCACCUUCUCUGCCAGAGACCCUGAUACACAACAGCCACAGAGAAUCAGCUAUUCCAAAGACUAUGACCCAGAAGACUGGCUGCAAGUGGAUGGGGCCACAGGCAGGAUCCAGACCCAGCGAGUGCUCAGCCCUGCCUCGCCCUUCUUGAAGGAUGGCUGGUACAGGGCUAUCAUCCUGGCCCUGGACAAUGCCAUGCCACCCAGCACAGCCACAGGCACCCUGUCCAUUGAGAUCUUGGAAGUCAACGACCACGCCCCUGCACUGGCCCCUCCUCCACUUGGUAGCCUGUGCAGCCAGCCAGACCAGGGCCCUGGCCUCAUCUUGGGUGCCACGGAUGAGGAUCUGCCCCCCCACGGGGCCCCUUUCCACUUCCAGUUGAGCCCCAGGGUCCCAGAUCUCAGCAGGAACUGGAGCCUCAACCAGAUUAACGUGAGCCAUGCGCGCCUGAGACUCCAACACCAGGUCCCCGAGGGCCUGCACCGCCUCAGCCUGCUGCUCCGGGAUUCCGGGCAGCCGCCCCAGCAGCGAGAGCAGACCCUGAACGUGACUGUGUGCAGCUGUGGACCCGACGGCUCCUGCCUGCCCGGGGCCGCCGCCCUGCAAGCUGGGGGCGCCGGCAUCAGCCUGGGCGCGCUGGUCAUCGUGCUGGCCAGCACGGUGGUCCUGCUGCUGCUGGUCCUGCUCGCCGCUCUCCGAAUGCGACUAGGACGGCGGUCGAGGGACGAAAGUCUGCUGCACGGGCUAAAAGAUGACCUUCGGGACAACAUUCUCAACUACGACGAGCAAGGAGGCGGGGAGGAAGACCAGGACGCCUAUGACAUAAACCAGCUGCGCCACCCAGUGGAACCGAGGACCACGAGCCGCCCUCUGGGCCGGCCGCCGCUGCGCCGCGAUGCUCCCUUCAGCCACGUGCGGCAGCCACACCGAGCGCUGCCCAGCAGCCCCGCUGACAUUGCCAACUUCAUCAGUGAUGGCUUGGAGGCUGCAGACAGCGACCCCAGUGUGCCUCCCUAUGACACAGCUCUCAUCUAUGACUACGAGGGAGAUGGCUCUGUGGCAGGGACGCUGAGUUCCAUCCUUUCCAGCCUGGGGGACGAGGACCAGGACUAUGACUACCUCCAGGACUGGGGCCCCCGCUUUGCCCGACUGGCAGACUUGUACGGGCAUCCAUGAGGGUCACAAGGACAGUUGUGCUGUCUGGAUAUGGCCACCUGGCCCAACAAGGGAGUUUCUCCUGGGGACACUUGUACCCCAAACCACUGAAGGCCAACAGGACACCCCAUUCUUGGUCCCAUGGCAGAUAAUCUCGCCCUGGGCCACCUCCAUGGCUUCAGGGGAGGACUAAGUCUGGGUGGCAGAGCCCUGAGCAUGAGGGUGGCCAGAGACCGGGCUGGGGAGUCACAUUCAGUUGCCCCACUGGGGUUUGCACACCCCACCUUUGUCACCCAGUGUGGCUCUUGCCACUAUAUGAAAACAGGAGCCUCAAGGGUGAAUCAGAAUUAAAAACACACUAUCCAA